GAGAAACAGAAUUGAGCUGUUUGUGAAGCAGAGAACCUUUUGGGAUUAGAAGCUGCUGCUGAAUAGGUUGGACAAAUGGCGUUUUUCAGGCACCUCCACCAAAAUCUGAGCCUCCCCUCUGUGUCUUCUCUGGUGGACACGCUUAGCAGUGCUGUGGAUGAUCUGACCAGCGCUGUGGGAGAGGUCGGCUACAGUGUGGCUGAUUCGGUAACAGAGCAAGUGACAAACAUGAUAAAUGGCCUUCGUGCAGAAGGUGAGAGCUCCAAAACACAGAAGGAUAAACCUGUGGAAGGCGGAGAGGAACCUACACCAUCGUUACCUCAUUCUCAGGAAAGUCAGGUGAAAGUGAACAGAGCUACUGCAGAACACAAAGAGACUCCUGGUUCUAAUACAUCAGGUUUUGUACAGAAAGAUACAGGUCAGGGUGGAGUAUCUGACUGUGGCAUGGACAAAAACCAGUGCAAGUUAAAAGGCACAGAUAGCAAUAAUCAUUUAAGUGAUGGAGAAGUCACUCAGGAUUCGAAGACUGUAGGAGGACCUUUUAAAAGGGAAGGGGUAGGAGGAAAGGAGUGUUUUGUAAAUGAGAAGUACUUAAAGGAUAACAACCUGAAAAGUAGUAAGUUUACUAUGGAGCAGUCCAUUGAGGAACAAGGUGAUUCCCUACGUGCAGUACCAGGUAACUGUCAGAAUCACUUGACUAGAAGAAUCAAAGCACGGUCACCUGGAGUGGAUGCUGAGGCUUCUGACAAAGUGCACACUGUGAAUGUUCCCCAGGAUUCAGAAACAAAACUUGAAGUACAGAAGCAACAAUUAGCAGACUCCAGCUUGAUGAAGAUGCACGAUGAGCACCCCAAUGGCAUUAGUGAAGUCAAAGGAAAGAAACCUGAAGCCUUUUUGGGCAGAAAGGGAAAAUCUCUAUCGAAGGGUGAAGAUGGUGUGGCAACCCCAAUUGCAAAAGCGGGCCAAAAGAAAAGCUCAAAGAAAUCAGGCAGAGAGCUGUGUGAUAAGAAGACAGCAGGAAAAGACAACUCUUAUAUGAGUAAAGACCAGCAUGGUUCAUCAUCUGAGAGUGAAGAUGAAGCACUGGGUAAAUAUCAUGAGGCCUUGUCUAGAACCCAGAGUUCCAGGCUGCCAGUGGUGGAUGGCAGACAGCAAAAAAACUAUGUAUGGGAAACCAGACAAAAGUAUAGUCCCCUGUCCGCAGAAUAUGAUGGAUACAGUAGUGAAGCCUCAAUAGAUGAAGCAAACUGCAUUCAGAGGAUGAGAAGAACACCUCCCCUGGAUGAACUGCAGCCGCCUCCGUACCAGGAUGAUAGUGGUUCUCCUCAUCUUUCGUGUACGCCUUCGGAAGUCGGAGACAGUAAAUGUGAAUUCUCCCAGUGCAGCAACAGUCCAAGAUGUUCGUACAAGUGCCCAAGUGAGGGAAGCACGGGACACGAAAUAGAAAGCUUUCAUAACAAAGGGUAUGAAGAGGAUGUACCAAGUGAUAGCACAGCUGUCCUUAGUCCAGAGGAUAUGUCAGCUCGAGGAUCGUCUUCACAGCUUCCUAAACCUUUUGAUCCUGAGCCAGUAGCUAAGUACGGCACACUGGAUGUGACUUUUGACUAUGACUCACAGGAACAGAAGCUUUUGGUGACAGUGACAGCUGUCACAGACAUUCCCACUUACAGCAGGACAGGUGGAAGCUCGUGGCAAGUACACCUAGUUCUUCUCCCUAUAAAGAAGCAGAGAGCGAAAACCAGCAUCCAGCGGGGACCGUGCCCUGUCUUCACAGAGACAUUCAAAUUCAAUCACGUGGAGUCAGAGAUGAUUGGGAAUUACGCGGUUCGCUUCAGACUCUACAGCGUACGGCGCAUGAAAAAGGAGAGGGUUGUGGGAGAAAAGGUUUUUUACUUAACCAAAUUGAAUCUUCAAGGGAAGAUGUCAGUGCCAGUGAUACUGGAACCUUCUUACAGCCUGUCUGGCUGUGACUCUCAAAUGAGCAUGUCAGAAGUGUCCUGCAGCGAAAGUACCUCCUCUUGUCAGUCUCUGGUACAUGGCUCAGCUCCAGAAAUCCUCCUUGGCCUCCUUUAUAAUGCUACAACUGGAAGAUUAUCAGCAGAAGUGAUAAAAGGCAGCCACUUCAAAAACUUGGCAGCGAACAGACCACCCAACGGACUGUUCUGUUGUCUAAAACACUUGAUAGGUGGACAGGUUUAUAUAAUCCGAGAUACGUAUGUUAAGUUAACACUGCUGAACUCGAUGGGGCAAGAGAUGUCCAAAUGCAAAACGUCAAUCCGCCGAGGACAGCCAAAUCCAGUGUACAAAGAGACCUUUGUUUUCCAAGUGGCACUGUUUCAGCUUUCCGAUGUGACACUCAUACUGUCUGUGUAUAACAAGCGCAGCAUGAAACGAAAAGAGAUGAUAGGGUGGAUAUCCUUAGGUCUCAACAGCUCAGGAGAAGAUGAACUCAACCACUGGACUGAAAUGAAAGAAUCUAAAGGACAGCAAGUUUGUAGAUGGCAUACUUUACUAGAAUCGUAACGGAUGGUACAAAGUGCAGUCGUGGUUCUAAGAGAUUUUGGUCUCCAGAAGACAGUCGUCCCCGGUAACAAUCAACAGAUGCGUUGUGGAAGUAAAGUAUGAAAACUGAGGUCAACAUUCCAUCAUAAAGAAUGCACAACAUGCAAACUGGGUGGAUUUAAUAGAUAAUCUUCACUUAGAGUCCUGCGUACGCUUCCUCGGUGACAGAGAAGCCUUGCUGUACACAGAUACGUUAGUGGUCCCUCUCCCGUCUACCUGAUGCUGUAUUUGUUUGGGUUUGUUUUGUGGUUUUGGAUUCAGAAACAUUUUAUGUAAGGUUCUCCAAAUCAGUGUAAGCUCCUCCUUGUGUAAUUUUUGUAUUGCUCUAACACUGUAGCUUCUGACCUGCCUGUGUUCAGAUUAAAGGGCAAUAAUUUGCA